AUGGAGAUGGAGAGUGAAACAGAGGAUUUUUUGGACCAUCCCUUGGUGUACAACGAAAGCAAAGAAUCUUGUUGCUCAGCUUUUGGGGGAUCCAUUAUUAAAUUAAUCAUCACCGUCUUCAUUGGGAACACCCUUUUCUUAUUCUUCGGAAAGGUGUUGGUUGUUGUGAUCUAUGCCAGGAACCAGGAUUGCAGUUAUAUUGUCCAUGUGACUUGUGCUACUGAGGAUGAGGAUUUGUACUACAUAGUUGAUUCAGAAAAUCAGGAUGAGCCCAUUGAAAGUUCCAUAGGGUGUUCUAUCACUUGUGUUAUUGAGGUGAAUGAAUGUGGAGAAGCAACAAAGAUAAAUCAUUUCAGCCAUGAACACUACUUAAUUUUAGAAGACAAGAUCGAAGAGGAUGAUGACAAACAUUGCGAUGGAUGCAUGCUCUCUAUCUUGGAUUCAUUUUACUAUUGUUUGCAAUGCGAUUUUCUUUUUCCUAAGACUUGUGCUGAAUUACCAAUGAAGAAGUAUUAUUGGUCCAACCCGCACCUGCAAAACCUUAAAUCCAACUGCAUUUUUGAAUGUAAUGGUUGUUAUUAUCAAUGCAGCGAUUUCGCUUGCAACUGUGAUGAGUGUGAUCUCUCGUUGUGCCUUAAAUGUGCUAGAAUUUCUGAUAUCGUCAUUUAUCAGGGCCAUGAACACCCCCUCUUUUGUGAUCUCAAAUAUAAAGGGGGAUGCACUGCUUGUGGUAUUCAACCUUAUCAUGCAUACAGAUGUAAGGAUUGCAACUAUGCUUUUGCAUUUUGA